UACGUACGUGGAACCGUGAAUGCGUAGGAGGACAUGGAGGUGGCCACUACCCAAACCUGAGACGAGAUGAUCAGUUGCUAGCUAGCACAAUGAAGGAGCCGAAAGAGCCGAAAGAGCCGAAAGAGCCAAGCCGAUCAAGUUCGAGAUCGACAGAAGAAGUGACGUCAAACUGCCCUCUCUAUCUCUAUCUCUAAAUGGAACGCUCCAUUUUCUUGGAUCCUAAGGAUCCACGUCUAGCCAAUGGACAGGACUCGGACGUAGAUUCAAUAGACAGCCCAAUGAUGAAACCGAAGAGUCCUUUCGCCCUUCUGUUUAAUGACAGUAGUCGGUACACGGUUCGCGAACGAAGAUUGUCCAAGGAGUCCAGGAGGUCUUCGCAGUCAAGUCUGGAUAGUAGCUUCAUCAGCGCCAUUAAAGAAAAAGAUCGAUCGAAUCUACCGCAAAAUGAGCAAGACAUCCACGACCUCGUUUUAGAGCUUGGGGAGAAUUUCAAGCGUACCGUUAUCCUGAAGGAAGCCUUAAAGACUAGUUGGGUUUGGACCAGACCUAAUCAAUGCUUUGAGAGUGGCAAUACCAUCCUUCAUAUUGCCGCCAAACUUGGAGAACACAAGUUGGUUGGAGCCUUGACUCAUUUGUGUGUGGAUGUGAAUGGAACAAACAAUCGGGGAGACACGCCCAUGCACUUGGCAGCCGAGUUCGGACAACAUAAUGUCAUUCAGAUCCUUCUCAAGCGUGGUGCGAACUUGGAUCUUUUCAAUAACUUGAGUUUCAAGCCGAUUCAAGUGGCAGCCAUCAAGUGCCACGGGAAAUGCUUGGAAGUUCUCAUCAAAUACGAUUCCAACUAUCGGAUCUUGAAUGAUCAAAAGGAAACUCUCAUUCAUUUGGCUUGCCGAGCAAGUUUUGCCAAAUUAUUGACCAUCAAGGAGGAGGUCACCGAUCUUUUGGGUGGGAUUGACAGCGUCGAGCAUUCCAAAAGCUCCCCACAUUUCUGCCAAGAUUUGGAAAGCCGGGAAAGACUGCUUGAACAAGAUCUUUAUGACAAAAUCAUCCCAGUAUUCGAUUUACUCUUGUCACAUUUUCGUCGCUCCCCGGAUCUCUUGGAAAUUGAAGAUACUAUAAGCACUUCCCCAGGCACAAUUCUUCAUUACUUUGCAGCUCUCAAUCUCGUCGAGGGAGCUCGGACACUCCUUUCGUAUCCAUUUCAGAUUGAUCCGAAUUUCAAGAACAAGAAUGGGUACUCGCCUUUGGUUAUUGCCGCAUUUUAUAAUCACAUUACACUCGGUGGUAUCCUCUUGGAUAACAAGGCUAAUCCAAACGACAAAGAUCCAAAUACGGAGGAUACAGCUCUUCAUUUUGCUAUUUAUGGAUACCAUUUGGAUCGUGUCGAUGAGACUUGCAAAUUUAUCGGAAAGCUCUUGGAAAACGGCGCAAACCCCAAAUUGACGAGCAAAUCCGGGGAAGCCCCAAUGCAUAUGGUUAUUGGAACUCUGGACUUCAGGCUCAUGGUUCAAUUCAUCGACUAUUUGGGAUCAGAAUCAUUGGAAAUGCGUGAUGACAAUGGGAAUACAUUGUUCCAUCAUGCCGUUGCUUGUCUGGACGAGAACUCGGUAACGAAGCUCAUAGAAAUGGGUGCCAAUCUAAUGAAUAAAACCCAAGUCGAUGUCGAGAUAGAAGAGGACCCAGAGGUCUACUCAGAUUUCUCUGGCGACGAUAUCAGAGUAAAUGGGAUUACUGAGAACGUGGUUCUAAAAUCAAGGAUCAGCACUAAAUCCGUAGCUGUUCAAAGAUUGCCCUUACAAGAGGCCAUGCAAUCAGGAAAUAGUAAAAACUAUUUCAAUGCCAUUGGAAAGAGCAACUUUGCCAAAUUUUCCGAGAAAUGGAGCCCAUCACAAGUGGAUGAAUUCUUAAGGUCUCAUUUGCUCGGGGCAACCAGAGAGGUGCGCCCUGAUAUCGUGAGGCUCCUUUUUCACGAAGUGAAGGACGUUAAGAAGCUUCACAAAAUCUUACUCUAUUGUGACAAGCAUAACGAGGAUGAUACAUUCACUAAAACUGCCUUGGAAUGGGCUGUGGAAAAUGAUGAUCGUCUAUGCACCACCGAAAUUCUUCACCAAGAGUUCAAGUGUCAUCAAAAUGACAAAAAGGCCGGCCUAAACUGCCUAAGAAGACAACUACGAGGAGACGAACUUUUGGUGUGGACCAUUGAAACCUUCACCAUGUUUUAUGACCGUACAUUUGCUCAACGUACUGUGAUUCCGAUUUUUGGAAUAUUCCCUCUUCUGCUUUCAAUUUUUACAUUUGUAUUCGAUUACUACUCCGAUUUAGAACUUAUUUUUGAAUACUAUCGAAGCAGCAGUUUUAAGGUAGUCAACUAAACAAUUCCCUUGAGUCGUGACCCAACUGAAGAUUGCGAAACUGAUGCCAAUUUGGAGUGCUACGACCACAAGUGCCACGACAUUCAAAGAACCCCGGCAGAAUACACCACAGCUUUCGUGACCAAUGUCACUUGUUUGUGCAUUCCCCUCGUGAUCUUCUAUUGCACAUGUGCCCGUGAAUUGUUACCAUAUUUUCAAUUACUUGGAACCUAUCUGUCUAACAAGUUUAGAUUCUGUUCAGGUCAGUUGGUGAACAUUCUCGUUCACUUCCUUUGGACACUGACGUCUCUUUUAUGCGCCCCAUUCUUCAUCCUGUAUGUGGCUGCCAGGAACGUUUAUUACAAGUUUCGUCAUCGGAGGGCCACCAAGAAAAAUCUAUUUCGCAAACAAUUGCAAAAAAGUGAAUACCUGUGGGGCAUCACACGCACUGCAGAAGCCGGGCUUGAAAGUUGCGGACAGUUGAUCCUGCAAGUAUGGUUGCUGUCCUCGGAUUUCAAAGAGCUCUCGGAAGAAUCGUUUUGGGGAUUGGUUGACAAAACGUACAAUGGAGUCAUAUUCUUUCUGACAUUCUCAUACAAAAAUGCGGACGACAUCGAAAAGAGUUUGGGCAAAUUGCUCAUGUCCCUGAUUGCGCUUGUAUUUGGCGUGUCCGGGUGUUAUCGAACCUUGAAGAGAGGAGCUGUUAAGUUCUCUAACACCUAUUUCAUCUACAUUUCCCUCGUGUUCCAAAUCUUUGCUCGGAUUUUCAGCAUUGGACUCUAUUUUUUUGCUGUAAGACAGUUCUUCCCCAUUGUGCCCAUUCUUCUUGUCACUCAUCUGAUUUUUGUAUUUAUCAUCAAGUGGACGUUCGAAAGAGCAAGACACACCCAUGGAAUGUUGGCAUGGUUGGUUUCGUUUGUGAAUGUUGUGGCUUCCAGUUUGGUGUACGUUCGAAUUGUUCCUAUUGAGAAGCAACGGCCCAGUAAAUGGAACCGAGAGACCACUUCAUUUCUCCCGAGUCAUGAAGUCAUUCAACAUUCAACAUUCUUUGUUCAGACUCUGUUUUUCCUCUUGGUGCUUUUUGAAAACAUCUUAUUGGCUUGCACUCCUCUGAUGUAUCCUUCCGGCCGAGCAUUUGCAUGCCUUGGAACGGCCAAGAUAAACCAAUACGUUCUCACCAUUAUUGGCCUUUGCAUGGCUAGUUGGUUGAGCCAUGUCAUGUAUUAUAAAUAUAUGGGCCAUCCCUGGUCGGAUAUUAACGGGCCAACUUGUUCGGCCCAAAAGGUCAAGUUUUCGUUUCACGUGUGUGGACGUGAAAAAUUGUUUCAAUGUGCCUGCAGUGAAGAGAGUGAUUCAGAGGAGUUCCAAGAAGGAACAAAAGAGACCGAGACGAUGGUGAAAAAGAUACAAUGUCGGUGUACGAAGUGCCGAAUCACAUGCUCCGAUUUUCAAGACACGGAUCAAGAAGAUAGUGACAGUGAGAUGCAAGAAUGAGGUCUCGAAAAAGGCGUUUUCUAUUGUUCGAUCUAUACCAAUUUGAUAUUGUUCCAUUUUCAAUUUGGGCCAAACAACUUAACCAUAGUACCUGAGGUUAUUGAAUAAUAACACAAUGAGCUUA